AUGGCUUCUUUUUUCUCAAUCACCCGUUCGAUUGGUCGGAAAUGGUUUGCCGGAUUAUCUAAUUAUCCGAUUGUACGGUUGACUGGAUCUUGUUCUUUUCGCACGUUGGCCGAGCCGAUGUUCUCGUCUUCAACGAGACAAAACCCAUCGUCAUCUCCUUGGCUUAUGCUGCCUCCAGCCUUUGACGUCACCGUCACCGGCGCCGCCAGCUUUAGCUACAAGUUCUACAACCCCGCCGACAAUAAAAUCGUAUCCCUCGAUACAGGAAAAAGUUGCCGCCAUGAAAGAGAAUUAACGCACCUGGACAUGUGUUUCGCGGGAUCUUCACGCGGCUGGCUCGCAUUGUUGAGCCCCAGCUUCGAUCUGUUUCUCUAUAAUCCAAUAUCCCGUCGCCACAUAAAACUCCCUCCGGUUCGCGACCUGCCCGAAUUCCCGCCUGGCCCCCCCAUGAUACACAAGCUCAUACUCUCGUGCUCCCCGGACACACCAAAUUGUCGGGCCAUCAUUAUCUACAACAGCAUGCGUGCGCUGGCUUUCUGCUGCCCUGGCUUCAGCAAGGAGUGGACCCAUGUCGGCGAUCACCACUGGCUCGACCCAAAUUUGGGAUGGCCAUUCCGCAAAGAGCGGUCCCUCGAACCGGGCCGGCAGGCCCACGCCCGGAUGAUAGCAUCGGGCUUCGAACCCAGGGUCUUCGUCUCCAACUGUUUGUUGAGGAUGUACACAAGAUGCUCCCUUUUGGACACUGCUCGUAAAGCGUUCGAUAAAAUGUCCCAAGGGGAUGUGGUGCACUGUGUUGUGGUCAAGUGGGGAUUCGAGGAUGAUGUGGUGACGGGUAGUGCGGUUUUGGAUAUGUACGCAAAAUGCAAGAAUUUGGACGAGUCCCUACGCUUUUUUCACACGAUGCCAGUGAGAAAUUGGGUUUCUUGGAGUGCGAUAAUCGCGGGCUGCAUUCAAAACGAUGAGCAUAUGAGUGGUUUGCAACUGCUUAAAGAGAUGCAGAAGGAAGGAAUUGGGGUCAGCCAGUCUAUGUCCGGUCUCGGUUUUGACGAAAUAAGCCUCUCGGGCGCAUUCAGUGCGUGCGCAGUAAUCAGAGGACGGUUAGAAGGAACUCAAUUGCACGGUUUAGCUGCCAAGACACCGUUUUUAUACAGUAUUUGCGUUGCCAACGCCAUUUUGGAUGCGUACGGUAAAUGUGGAUCUUUACAGGAAGCUCGUCAAGUAUUUGACGAGAUGGAAGUAAGAGAUGCCUUGUCUUGGAAUUCUGUCAUUGCAGCUUGUGAACAGAACAAAAACGACGAGACCUUGUCGCAAUUUGUUUCCAUGCUUCGGUUGAGGAUGGAGCCAGACGAGUUCACAUUCGGGAGCCCAUGGCGUGCGGGCUCGGUCGAGAAGCUCGAGGGAAUAGUCCCGAACCACGCAACUUUCGUGGCGGUCCUUCGAGCUUGCGGGCACAUCGGGCUUGUAGACGAGGCACUCGGUUGCUUCAACAUUAUGAAAAACGAGCACGAGUUAGAACCUCAACUCAAGCAACUCGGGCCAUGUGGCGGAUGCACUAAGAUGAUUCGAGAAAUGCCGUUGGAAGCCGAUGAUGUGAUUUGGAGGAUGCUUUUUAGCACGUAUGUGGGGCUGGGUGUCGAAGAUGAGGAGAGUGAUGAGGCAUGGGAGGGUGAAGAAGGGUCCCGGGUGCAGCUGGGGCGAGUUGUGCACAUGUUUCUUGCUGGAGAUAAGGCGCACCCGAGGUGCCGUGAGAUUUACGGGAGAUUGAUUGUUGAUUGGAGGGACGAAGAUGGAUGUUUGUGGAGAGGUUUUGAGGAUGGAUGA